GCUGAGGUGGAGCAGAUGGCGGCAUGGCGUGAAGACCCAGUUGAGGGCGCUUCUCUCCUCGCCUCCCCUGUCUCUCAGAGGAAACUUAAUUUUAAAAAACGUACCGACACAGCAGGCGCAGUGGGAAGAGCCUGUCUAGAUCUCACCAUUCUGCAAGGUGCAGUGUAUGCCAGGCGCUGCAUCAGGGCAGGUAAACCCCCACCUGGUCUGCAUCUGGAUGUAGUCAAAGGAGACAAACUCAUCGAGAAGCUGAUCAUCGAUGAGAAGAAGUGCUACUUAUUUGGGAGAAACCCUGACCUGUGUGACUUCACCAUCGACCACCAGUCUUGCUCCCGGGUCCACGCUGCCCUGGUCUACCACAAGCAUCUGAAGCGGGUUUUCCUGAUCGACCUCAACAGCACUCAUGGCACUUUCUUGGGUCACAUCCGGCUGGAAGCUCAUAAGCCUCAGCAGAUCCCCAUCGACUCGACAGUCUCGUUCGGCGCAUCCACACGGGCAUACACGCUGCGCGAGAAGCCUCAGACUUUGCCGUCCGCCGUGAAAGGAGAUGAGAAGAUGGGUGGAGAGGACGACGAGCUCAAGGGCCUGCUGGGCCUUCCUGAGGAGGAGACCGAGCUGGAUAACCUCACGGAGUUCAACACGGCCCACAACAAGCGGAUAUCUACCCUCACCAUCGAGGAGGGGAACCUGGACAUCCAGAGGCCGAAAAGGAAGAGGAAGAGCUCUCGGGUGACAUUCAGCGAGGACGACGAGAUCAUCAACCCAGAGGAUGUGGACCCCUCAGUCGGCCGAUUCCGGAACAUGGUGCAGACGGCGGUGGUGCCCGUCAAGAAGAAGCGGGUGGAGGGCGCUGCCUCCUUGGGCCUGGAGGAGUCUGGGAGCAGGCGUAUGCAGAACUUCGCCUUCAGUGGAGGCCUCUACGGGGGCCUGCCCCCCACGCACAGCGAGGCUGGCUCCCAGCCACACGGAACCCAUGGGACCGCUCUCAUCGGUGGCCUGCCCAUGCCCUACCCGAACCUCGCCCCGGAUGUGGACUUGACCCCCGUCGCCCCAUCAGCAGUGAAUGUGAACCCCACACCUAGUCCUGUGGUCUACAACCCUGAAGCCGUGAACGAGCCCAAGAAGAAGAAAUACGCAAAAGAGGCGUGGCCUGGCAAGAAGCCCACCCCCUCCCUCCUGAUCUGACGGCUCGGUCCUGGGGAGGGUGGGCCCGGCAGGCCAGAGGGUGAGGGGCUGAUGAACAGGACUGGGGCUGGCCUCGGGUGCCAUGCCCACCCCCUACCUCCUGAUCUGACGGCUCGGUCCUGGGGAGGGUGGGCUGGGCGGGCGGGAGGGUGAGGGGCUGAUGAGCAGGGCUGGGGCUGGCCUUGGGUGCCAUGCGGCCUUGGAGAGCUCUGGUCCUGCGCAGACUCCUGGGGAGCCUGUCUCAGCACUCGUGCAGGGAAAGGCCUCGUGUCCUCUGGGCCUGGGCCUUCCACUGUGCUUACGUUCUCUUGCACCCUGGGGUAGACUGCAGCCCCAGGUGUGGCCAGAGCUGUGGGCUCCAGCAGCCUAGCCCAUGUGUCCUGCCCCUGCAAGUCCCAGCUAGCAGAGAUGCCACAGAUCCCAGGUUGGUCAAAGAGAAGAUUGCAAAUUUUUCAGUUAAGCCAAGGUUCAAACCCAGUGAUGUUUUCUCGGGUUGGUUCUGAGGUCCAGUAGUUGGAGUUUCUUUCGUCUUUGCUGUGGGAGGAGAACUGACCUCGCUCAGCCUGUACCGGCGCGGUAGGCGCUGUGUGCACGCCCGGCUCCUGAGUGCCGUCCUCACUCUCCAGGCACUCUCCUGUCCCGUGUUAGGGCAGUUCCAGGUGGAAAGGGCACGAGCGGGUCUUGCAGGUAACAGGUCAGUUUGGAAUCUGUCCCCCUCGCAGGAGAGCUCCCGGUCCCCAGGGCUCUAGGAGGGCCGGGCCUGCCCGCAGGAGCCGGGUGGGCCGGGGCCUGAGCUGCAAUGUGUACAUUUGUGUGAUAGGCCUUUUCAUGCUUAGUGUAGCUUUUUACCUGUAACCUUUAUUACAUUGUAAAUUAAAUGUAACUUUUGUCA